GGAUCACUCAAAAAUCACUACCUAUUCAGACGUAAAAGCCAUCCAAGACGGUCUCGAAGAAGUGCCAUUCAUAUCACUAAAAGACUUUCCGAUGAUGAGCGGGUGUCAUGGGCAGAGCAGCAAUACGAAAAAAAGCGAACUAAGCGUGCCACUGUGAGAGACUCAGCAGAAAAUCUUUUCAAUGAUCCUAUGUGGAAUCAGCAGUGGUAUCUGCAAGAUACAAGAAUAACUCCAUCCCUGCCCAAACUCGAUCUCCAUGUUAUUCCUGUGUGGCAAAAAGGCAUUACAGGCAAGGGUGUUGUGAUCACAGUCCUAGACGAUGGCUUGGAGUGGAAUCACACUGACAUCUAUGCUAACUAUGAUCCACAGGCAAGUUAUGAUUUCAAUGACAACGAUCAUGAUCCCUUUCCUAGAUAUGACCCAACAAACGAAAACAAGCAUGGGACACGGUGUGCAGGAGAAAUUGCCAUGCAAGCCAACAACCGAAAAUGUGGAGUUGGAGUAGCCUAUAAUUCCAAAGUUGGAGGUAUACGUAUGCUGGAUGGAAUAGUCACCGAUGCUAUUGAAGCCAGUUCAAUCGGUUUCAAUCCAGAACACGUGGAUAUUUACAGUGCAAGCUGGGGCCCUAAUGAUGAUGGCAAAACUGUGGAGGGACCCGGGAGGCUGGCACAGAAGGCUUUUGAGUAUGGGAUAAAACAGGGCCGAAAUGGGAAAGGCUCCAUUUUCGUGUGGGCUUCUGGGAACGGAGGCCGCCAGGGUGACAACUGUGACUGUGAUGGUUACACUGAUAGUAUUUACACUAUCUCCAUUAGCAGUGCUUCUCAGCAAGGCCUUUCUCCCUGGUAUGCAGAGAAGUGCUCUUCAACUCUGGCCACAGCAUACAGCAGUGGGGAUUAUACUGACCAAAGAAUUACAAGUGCUGAUCUUCACAAUGAAUGUACCGAGACUCACACUGGGACCUCUGCAUCUGCACCACUGGCAGCAGCAAAUUUUGCUUCCUCUCUCUCAGCCCCCCCCCCAAAUUUAACAUGGAGGGAUAUGCAGCACUUGGUAGUGUGGACCUCAGAAUACGAUCCACUGGCUGGAAAUCCAGGAUGGAAAAAGAAUGGAGCAGGGCUGAUGGUCAACAGCCGAUUUGGGUUUGGACUACUCAAUGCCAAUGCGUUGGUAGAUUUAGCUGAUCCCAAAAGAUGGAAAGGCGUACCAGAAAAGAGAGAGUGUAUUGUCAAAGACAAAAGCUUUGAACCAAGAUUACUAAGAGCAAACGAGGAAGUCAUCAUUGAAAUUCCCACAAAAGCCUGUGAGGGCCAAGAAAACUCCAUUGCAUCUUUGGAGCAUGUGCAGCUUGAGGCAACGAUCGAGUAUUCCCGUAGAGGUGAUCUUCAUGUCACUCUGAUAUCUCCAUCAGGGACCAGCACUGUCUUACUGGCUGAGAGAGAGAGAGAUAAAUCUCCCAAUGGCUUUAAGAACUGGGACUUCAUGUCUGUUCACACAUGGGGAGAGAAUCCAACAGGCACCUGGGUUUUAAGAAUUACUGAUGUGUCCAGCAGAAUACAGAAUGAAGGAAGGAUUGUAAACUGGAAAUUGAUUUUGCAUGGCACCGCUACCCAGCCUGAACAUAUGAAGCAGCCACGUGUCUACACAUCCUACAAUGCUGUGCAAAAUGACAGAAGAGGAGUGGAGAAGAUGACAGACUUUGUAGAGGACCAUACCACCCAGGAGAACCUGAGUGAAAAAGCCAAAGUCACAGAAGACAGCAGUAGUAGCAGUGACAAAGCAGAAGAUAAAAGCCCGUCAGAGGCUAUGCUGCAUUUACUGCAAAGUGCUUUUAGCAGACAGAUGGCUCAGAAGCGACUGCCAAAGAAGACUGCAAGUGAGAAGUUAAAUAUUCCAUAUGAACACUUCUAUCAAGCCCUCGAAAAAUUAAACAAGCCCUCCCAGUUGAGAGACUCAGAAGAAAGUCUGUACAGUGACUACGUUGAUCUUUUUUACAAUGCCAAACCAUACAAGCAUAGAGAUGAUAGACUGCUGCAAGCCUUGGUUGAUAUUAUAAAUGAAGGGAACUAAACUAUAGGGUAUGGCACUGAGUUGGAAAUAUUCAUUCUCCCCACCCCACCUGUAGUUUUUUUUUUUCAGAAGUCUGUUGUAUGCUCUAGUUGUGUGAUUGCUGCUUUGAUUGCUUCAUAUUUAAUACAAAUAUCAAGGAAGGGAAAAAAACAGUUGUGGGAGGAUAAGGCAGUAAAUAGCUGCUUUUUAGUAACAGCUUUUUUCAAAGCCUUUCUUCGUUACCAUCAGAGUAGAUUUGCCCCUCGGCAUGAAAUGCAAUAGGAUUCCCCUGAAAACUCUAAUGCUCUGUUUUAAACAAUUUUCAUGUUGCUUAUUCUUCCACCCUGUUCACUUAGCAUGCAGUAGGAUUCAAAACCUGAAUUACCAAGCAGUUUUGAACCGGACUGCCAAAGCUAUGGGGAUAUACUCUCAUCCAUGGAUUUGUAAUGAAUAUUGCAGUCUUUCUUACAUUCAUCAUUUAUUCCAGGUGUAACACUUGCAGCCAGUACUGCUUCCGUCGUAGGGUUUGUUUGUUCCUUCUCCAAACGACGAUGCUCCCUUGCCCUCCUGUUCUCCCGUAAAGGAGCAGCUGCGCGGCUGGGGUUGGACUGGAGCAUCAGUGAACACUGACGAAGUUAUUCGCGAUUUAGAGACAGACAUACACUAACAUAAAAGAGCCCCAAACGAGGCGUCCCAGAAGGCGGGAUGGCAUUCUCACCACCUAACUUUAACUACCUAAGUGAAGUGCCUGAAUUACGAGCCUAGUCUUUCUAGGCUGCACGUAGUUGAUGAAGACCGAGGCUCCUGUUGAUAGCACUUCAGAGCACUUGGCUAGUCUUUACGCUGGUUCCGAGUUACCUGAUGGAGUAGUCAUCUCUUUCUAUCGACUAUGUGAGCUCUGGGGGACCGACCUCCUACCUAUGGAACCUCAGUUACGUUUCUAAAGUUCAGUAAUAUAAAAGCCGCCUGAGAUGCCUACGUCUGCAGGGGUCAGGACAACAGAGCUGAGAUCACUUUGUCCAUUCCUUGCACUGUGACCAAAGUAGAAUAGAAAGGGUAACUGUGCCAGCAAAGUCCACUUAAAGAGUGGAUCGUGGAGUAUCUGUGGUAGAUUGUAACAUUUCCCAAAUAUCUAGGAAGUUGAGGCAAAAUGGAUGGGGAGAGGUG